AUGAUAUUUUAUCCGUGUCGCGCAGCUCAUGAGACGCUGGUACUCGGAGGUACGCAUGAAUCCGUGAGUCGUCGUAACAGUUCGUAACAGCCGCCGUGUUGCGUCCGGUCACGCGGUCGACGCGACGUGUGUGCGUCCCGACGCAAGCGCGCGUCACCGAACACGUACGACGCACCACCUCACGCUCGCGCGAACACGGCGCGGCGUCCGGCGGCCGUCACGUCGCAUGCGACCCUGGUACUCGUGUGUCCGCGAUCCGGUGUACACACGUGUAAUUCACACGCACACGCGUGCAUCUCCCGUCACCACACGUGUCCUCGGCGCAGUGUCUCCGCGGCCUCCGCCGCUGCACGCCGGCACGUGAACGAACAAAACGAAACGAACGGCACAGAAAAACCGAAUAGCCCGAAACGUACGUCGUACGUGCGCGAUUGA